AAAAAGACACCUUGAGCUGAAAUGAUCCCAAUAAGCUCAGCAAAGCUAAAUAGCAAACUGGCAAACAGAUCUUUCCAAAGUGAAGGUCGAUCGUGCAAGAGGGGUUACAUUAGCCUGCUGGUUGGAAUGGUGCUCGGAGUUUGCUUAGCCGGAAUCAUCUUUUACCCAUCAUUACCAAACGAAGUGUACCGAAAUAACUCGCAGAAUAUAUUGAAAAUUAUUAAGCUGGAAGUGCCACGAAAUAAAAGCGAGAAUGCCACAUCGAAUUCGAUCAAUGUAGCCAAGAAGGUAGGAGUUGUAGGCGUUUCGCCCGAAACAUUGAGUAUUAAUAGUACCCACGAAGCUUAA